AUGAGAGAGACCCUAGAAGGACUUAGCCCUCAGCUGGCCGAAUAUCGAGUUAUCCCGGAGGGGACAAAUCUUAUUAACCAUUCUGGCUGCAUUAGCGUCGGGAGCCUGCGGUCCAAGUCAGGAGCUAACUCAGUCCUGAAGGUCCUGGCUCUGCAAUUAGUGCUCACGGUCAGGCGGUCGUCUUCGAUUAGUAGGGAACGGUCCUCGGAGCUGAGGGUAUCCUCCCGCUGUCAUCGCCGUAAUGAAGGAGGGGGCUGCGGUCUGGGUCACUGGAUAGAGUUGAGGAAUAUAGUAACAGGCACAGAACAGAACCUGAUAACGGUUACGUCAUUCUGUAUCAAGUAA